AUGAAGGAACAGAGUAGACAUGCCUCUUUGAUCCUCACCCUCCUCUGUAUGGGGAGCCUGCUGACCACUGUCACCUGGUACUUACUCGACAAUAAUGUGGAGCUUUACAAACCGCCACCUCAAAAGAAAGGUCCCGGCAAGCUGAGUGAUGUUUGCAAAGGCUGUAGGGAAGUCAUCGACAAAGUAAAAGAGCAUUACUCUCAACCCUGGAAGAGGCAAGAGGACAAUUCUCAAAAACUUAGAGCUCGGCUGAAAAGCAAGUGCAAUGGCUUCGACAAGGCCAUCGUCACCCAGGCCAACACUCCAGUUGGAUCAAAGCUUGUGUACGACGGUGAAAGGAAGAGGAAUCUCAAGGUUACCAAGGAGAUUUUCAGCACAUUCGCAAAGGAGCAUCCUUUUGCAACUAAAAAAUUGACCAUGUGUGCUGUUGUUGGGAACGGCGGUAUCUUGAAUGACAGCAAGUGUGGAAAGAGCAUCGAUUCAGCUGAGUUUGUUAUGAGGUGCAAUCUACCACCUUUGAAAAAUGGCUUCGAGAAACACGUAGGCACCAAGACUGAUCUUGUGACAGCAAACCCAAGCAUUCUCCUACAAAAGUAUGGGGGUCUAAUGGGUCGUCGCCGUCCGUUUGUGGAGAGUCUGCAAACCUAUGGAGACUCUUUGCUUGUCCUUCCUGCCUUUUCCUAUGGCUUCAAUACUCCUGUGUGCAUGCGGGCAGUCUACACAAUUGAGGACUUUAAUAGCCCUGCUCGUCCCGUCUUCUUCAACCCUGGGUACCUUAUGAAUCUGACCGCCUUCUGGGGCAGUGAGGGGCUGAAAGCAGGACGUCUCAGCACUGGCUUAAUCAUGACUAGCAUUGCACUGGAAAUCUGUGACAAUGUGGAACUGUAUGGGUUCUGGCCCUUCAGUAAUCACCCAUACGAUUAUUAUUCCUUGUCUAAUCAUUACUACGAUGACUUGAAGGCUAAGGCAGUGCAUGCCAUGCCUGCUGAGUUUAACAUCUUGUUACAGCUGCACAGACAGGGCUUGCUCAAACUACACCUGGGAUCCUGCUUACCAAUUAAAAACUAGUUCCCACACCUGGGGACAGAUGACAGUUCAGGGGUGCAGCACCUUGUCUGUAGCAUCUGGAUGAAGCCAGUCACUCAUGGAGUCUUCCAUCCAAGCAAUGUGGAUGUUUGAACUUACGGUUAAAGCUGGCCUAUCAGCAACCAAGACAUUUGCACAGAAAUAAAAAUGCACCAACCAUAAGACUAUAAACAUUCUGUAUCUACAGCUGUAUUUAUUACGACAAAUGUUCCAGCUGGUGUCUAGAGGGAGUUAUUUUGAUAUGACUGGGAAGCCUUUGUGAGGCCUUGUUGGGGGGGUUUACAUCACAGUGCCUUAUGUUAAAAAAUGAUUGACCAUAGGAUGUUUUUAUAUCAAACUGAAUGUAAUUUAAAUAAUUUUAAAUACCUCCUUUUGCAUAAACAUUUUCUGGUUGAAACAUUUGAAAGCACCAGCAGAUUGAAUGUAAAGUUACUUUUUUUUUCCACUUUUGAAAAAUCUUCUGGCAACUUUACGUGUUAUUUUUUCCUUGUCACUGACACCGCUAAGAUGUGGUACAAGGUACAGAUAAUGGAUUUGUCACAAAACCCUUAACUGGAAACCACCAUGCUUGCAUUAGGCGGGCUGUUAUCCUCAGAUGACCUUGAAUCAAGGUUGUAACCAAGGACUAGACAGAGGUGCCUCAGAAAUAAUAUUAUUAGUAAACACAUUCAGGGGAUCUCUUCUUACAAACGUG